AUGGAACAACAACUACAUAAUUCCAUCAAAAAAUGUAGUCCUAAAGUUCAAAAACAGAGAAAAUUUGUUGGUGUAAGACAAAGACCUUCUGGAAAAUGGGUUGCAGAGAUCAAGAACACAACACAAAAGAUCAGGAUGUGGCUUGGAACGUUUGAUUCUGCUGAAGAAGCUGCUCGAGCUUAUGAUGAGGCUGCUUGUCUUCUCCGAGGAUCAAAUGCUCGAACAAAUUUCCAUAAUCAUUCCCCUCCCAUUAAUCCUGCUCUUUCUAUGAAAAUUAGAAACCUCAUCAAUCAUAAGAAAAGCCUCAACAAAAGUACUAGUAGUACCAGUACUAUUUCGACUUCAUUAACUACUCAUCAAGAAACUGUAUUAUCUAAUGAUGAUGCAUAUAAGCCGGAUUUGAACUUCUAUAUGGGUGAAAUUGAUCGAAUAGGAUCUUCAAAUUUCGAUCAUACAUCAACAUUUACAAAUGAUUUUGAUACGAUUCUUCUGGAUGAUGAAAAUGUUGAUAACUUUCACGAAGUACCAAAGGGAAUUCUUGAAGAUCAUUCUCAAAUACCUGAAUUUGAAAAUAUGAAAGUUGAAAGACAAAUAUCAGCAUCACUAUAUGCUAUGAAUGGAGUGAAUGAGUAUUGGGAGAAUUUUCAUGAUAGUAAUAACAAUGAUGCUACUUAUUGGGAUCUCCCUAUGCUCUACCAAAUGUUUUGUCCAAGUUAG